UGCGCCUCUUACUUUAGUACACGGGUGUAGCCUUCGCAGCCUACACGUACCAAAGACGUGGCAUUGUUUGCUGCUUCCAGAAUCACUUGUAGUUAAAAAGAAUCUCUUAACACAUGAAAGCAAGUGAGAUACACACAUCUCGUUGCCUAGCUAGCUUGCAACAUCUCUCUCUUUAAACACAGCGUUUUAAGGUCGGAUGCACGGGGCUGACACAUCGCGACGGCCGUCGAAGUCUCUGAUGGAUCGGAUGAAGACUAGCUGUUUAUCCGUGGCAGUCUCGCUUAAAGAAGGGCUUAGCUACGUCAAAGCCUUCUUUGUCGGCCAGACAAAGAGGUUGACGGCCAAGAACGAGAAAGAAGCUACGGAUGCUCAUCUAACAGAGACAAAAAUGCAAGUUGAAGCAACCGAUGAAGCAGAGAACGCCAAGAAGAGGCUUCAUCAAUCUUCUUAAUGUUUUUUUUGGUAAUUUAAUGUGGUUUUACUAAUUCGAAGGGAAUGUCUUCUUAACUAUAAGGAGAGAAAAACAAAUCUUAUACAGGAUAUUGAUUACCGUUGUCUUUAGAAAUGGUGUGACGCAUUCCGCAAGAUUAUAUGUUUAUGUUCUUCCACGAGACCA